ACAAUCUUCUGUUCCACACUCCAGUCCAGAUGGUGGCGGUAAUGCAUUUCUGUAGGACUUUUAUUUUGAAAAAAGGAAAAGCUUGGUACCGGAAGUUGAUGACGCUAUCUUAGUAGCUUUCCUGCUAGUCGGACAGCUCGUAACCGGAGUUGCACACCAUGGAAGACGGCCUGUUUGAAAUUCCUGACUUGGACGGCAUUGAGGAUGAAGCUUUCCCUCCGCUCCCACCGCCUUACUCCCCGGGCCAGGGAGGACAAGAGGACGGAGACCCUUUUGGAAAUGGGGACGAAGACGGCGACGUGUCCGGGCUGGCUGAGGUCCCUGCUGCUAAAAGGAAAGGAGUGAAGAGGCCGCAACCCAAGCUGGACUCACAGAGGCUGAUCUCAGAAAGAGGACUUCCAGCUCUGCGAACACUGUUUGAUAACGUCCGUUUCAAAGGCAAAGGGCACGAGGCUGAGGACCUGCGGCUGCUGAUGCAGAAGAUGGAGAACUGGGCCCACAGGUUGUUCCCCAAAUUGCAGUUUGAAGAUUUCAUUGACAAAGUGGAGAGGCUCGGCAACAAGAAGGAAGUGCAGACUUGUCUCAAACGGAUACGACUGGACAUGCCACUGACACACGAGGACUUUAUGGGUGGUGAAGAAGAAGCAGCAGAAGCUCCUGAAUCACAUGUCUUUGGGGAUGCAGAUCCAUUCAACAGAGCAAACUUUGAUGACCUGCAGGAGCCGGUCCACUCUACCCCGGCUCCAGCUACCCCACCUACUCCAGCUGCCCCGGCUUCCCCCUCCCUGACCGAGGAGCAGCGUAAACGCAUGGAGCUGAACAGACAGCGGGCCCUGGAGAGGAAGCUUGUCCGCCAGCAGCAGCAGCAAACAGAUCCUUCAGACUCCCAGACCGUUGACUCGUCCACCUCAGCAGAUGAACCGACAUCUGUCUCCUCUGCAAACGUCCUCAACAAAUCUAAAGAUCGGGAUGAGGAGAUGGAGGAUUUAGACCUGGAGCCAGCCAGCAGCAGCACACAACAACAACCCAGCCAGCUUCCACAUACAGACUCUGAGCCUUCUGCCGAAUCACCUCAGUGUGAGAAAGAGGAAGAAACCAGCCUCAGCCAGGUCCAUCGACCCAGCAAGGAGGAAGAAACCAGCCUCAGCCAGGUCCAUCAACCCAGCAAAGAGGAUGAAACUAGCCUCAGCCAGGUCCAUCAAUCCAGCAGAGAGGAAGAAACCAGCCUCAGCCAGGUCCAUCAGACCAGCAAAGAAGAAGAAACCAGCCUCAGUCAGGUCCACCAACCCAGCAAAGAAGAAGAAACCAGCCUCAGCCAGGUCCAUCAACCCAGCAAAGAGUGUGAGGACGGAGAUUAAUUCUCAAGUGCAGCACACUCAGCGUUCAGGACCAAUGACUUAUCUGUACCGUCUAAGUUUUCUUUUUGGAAACGAAUCAAAUGUGUACAUAAAUUGUCUUCUUGUAUUUUGCAAAGAGCAACGUUGUUCAAAUUCAGAAUUCUUGAUCCCAUCUGAAAUAUACGUAUAAUUAAGCACUGAUCCCA